AUGGCAAGUGUGGUCGCUUUGAACAAUGGUAACAAGAUGCCCCUAGUGGGUCUAGGUUGCUGGAAGAUUCCAAACGAAACUUGUUCCCAGCAAAUCUACGAUGCCAUCUCUGUUGGCUACAGAGUAUUCGACGGUGCUCAAGACUAUGGUAAUGAGAAAGAAGUCGGUGAAGGUGUCCGCAGGGCUAUCAAAGACGGUUUGGUGAAGCGUGAAGAAUUGUUCGUCGUUUCAAAGUUGUGGAACUCUUUCCACCACCCUAAGAACGUUAAGUUGGCUCUAAAGAGAACUUUGAGUGACAUGGGCUUGGACUACUUGGACUUGUUCUACAUCCAUUUCCCAAUUGCCUUGAAGCCUGUUUCCUUCGAAGAGAAAUACCCACCAGGAUUGUACACCGGUGAAGCUGACGCCAAGGCAGGUGUUCUAUCUGAGGAACCAGUCCCUAUCCUAGACACCUACAGAGCAUUGGAAGAAUGCGUUGAAGAAGGUUUGAUCAAGUCCAUUGGUGUCUCCAACUUUUCCGGUUCUAUUAUGCUUGAUUUGCUCCGUGGUGCUCGUAUCCCACCAGCAGCUCUACAAAUUGAAUUGCACCCAUAUUUGACUCAAGAAAGAUACGUCAAGUGGGUUCAAUCUAAGGGUAUCCAAGUCGUUGCAUACUCUUCGUUUGGUCCUCAAUCCUUUGUUGACAUUGGCUCUGAAGUUGCAAAGGCCACACCACCACUAUUUGAGCACGAUGUGGUUAAGAAGAUUGCUGCUAAGCACAACGUUUCCACCUCUCAAGUUCUAUUGAGAUGGGCCACUCAACAAAAGGUUGCAGUCAUUCCAAAGUCAAGCAAGAAGGAACGUUUGAGACAAAACUUGUUGGUUGACCAAGAAGUCACCUUAACCGGAGAUGAAAUUAAGGAGAUUUCUGGUCUAAACAAGAACUUGAGAUUCAACGACCCAUUCACCUGGAGUGAAAAGACUCCAUUCCCUAUUUUUGAUUAG